CGAUGUUUGCUGGCAUCGCCUCGCCCUGUCUUGUGUGAGUGUGAGUGUGUGUGCGCGUGUGUGCGCGCAUGUGGGGGUGUGCGUGUGUGCGGGAGGCGGCGGGUGCGCGCGCGUGUGUGCGCGCGCGUGUGUGAGUGUGUGUGAGAGUGUGUGUGAGUGUGUGUGUGUGAGUGUGUGUGUGUGUGAGAGAGAGAGUGAAUUCCAGAUUUUCUGCCUUUCCCAAACCCGCUCCUGUCCUCUUGCAUAUCACUCACAGACGGGGAUCUGACAGCAGCUACAAACCCACCGUGAGUGAUCUCUCCCUACGCGAAUCCGCCAUAGAGAUCGGCGAAGAGGAGGAGGAGGAGGAAGAGGUGAAGGAGGAGGGAAAGAGGAGAAGGAAGAAGAAGAGAAAAAGAAGAAACCACUACCUUCCCAGGAUUGCCUUUUUCCCCUUAUCUUUACGCGCGCGUGUGCGUGUGGCGCGUGUGCGCCCCUUGUCCCUUCCAUCUGAACCCGGUCUUGGAUGUUUAAUAAAGAAAUCAAGUGUCUCAACAGUCACCAAAAAAAAAGCAAAAUCAAAAAAAAUUUUCCAAAAGCAAAAACAAAAAGAGGAAAAAAAAUCCAAAACAAACAAACAAACAAGACAGAACCAACCUCCACUUCCAAGCAGCCGGCACCAGCCACCCGUGUCUGCCACCCACAGAGGGGGGUCUCUGGCCCGUGCCGCAGGAGUUGCAGGGGGGAUCGUCAGGGGGACAGAGGCCGAGUGACGUCCUAGGAGCCACCGGGCGAGAGGCGGAGGAGACCCAGAGAGGCGAGAGGGACAGCGGGCCCCAGCGCGCGGCUCGGGCUGGGGCGCCAGAAGUGGGACUGGAGCGAAGUAGAGCGAUGCCAAGAAGGAAACAGCAGGCACCCAAGCGGGCGGCAGGCUAUGCCCAGGAGGAACAACUGAAGGAGGAGGAGGAAAUAAAAGAGGAGGAGGAGGAGGAGGAGGACAGCGGUUCCGUGGCUCAGCUUCAGGGCAGCAAUGACACGGGGACAGACGAGGAGCUAGAAACGGGCCCAGAGCACAAAGGUUGCUUCAGCUACCAGAAUUCUCCAGGAAGUCACUUGUCCAACCAGGACGCCGAGAACGAAUCUCUGCUGAGCGAUGCCAGCGACCAGGUGGCGGACAUCAAAAGCGUCUGCAGCCGAGAUGCCUCGGACAAGAGACCCAACGCCCACGCCAAGGUGCCCGGCGAAGCCCACAACUGCAUGGAUAAAAUGACCGCCGUCUACGCCAACAUCUUGUCUGACUCCUACUGGUCAGGCCUGGGCCUCGGCUUCAAGCUGUCCGGCAGCGAGAGGCGGAACUGUGACACCCGAAAUGGAAACACCAAGAGUGAUUUUGACUGGCACCAAGAUGCGCUGUCCAAAAGCUUACAGCAGAACCUGCCUUCAAGAUCCGUCUCCAAGCCCAGCCUGUUCAGCUCGGUGCAGCUGUACCGGCAGAGCAGCAAGGUGUGUGGGACGGUGUUCACCGGCGCCAGCAGGUUCCGCUGCCGCCAAUGCAGCGCCGCCUACGACACCUUGGUGGAGUUGACUGUGCACAUGAACGAGACGGGCCACUACCAAGAUGACAACCGCAAAAAGGACAAGCUCAGGCCCGCGAGCUACUCGAAGCCCCGGAAAAGGGCUUUCCAGGACACGGACAAGGAGGAUGCUCAGAAGGUUCUGAAAUGCAUGUUUUGUGGCGACUCCUUCGAUUCCCUCCAGGAUCUGAGCGUCCACAUGAUCAAAACAAAACAUUACCAAAAAGUGCCUUUGAAGGAGCCAGUACCAACCAUUUCAUCGAAAAUGGUCACCCCAGCGAAGAAGCGUGUUUUUGACCUCAAUCGGCCGUGCUCCCCCGAUUCCACCACGGGGUCCUUUGCGGAUUCCUUUUCUUCACCGAAGAAUGCCAGCCUGCAGUUGGCUUCCAACAACCGCUAUGGCUACCAAAACGGUGCCAGCUACACCUGGCAGUUCGAGGCCUGCAAGUCCCAGAUCUUAAAGUGCAUGGAGUGUGGGAGCUCCCACGACACCUUGCAGCAGCUCACCACCCACAUGAUGGUCACUGGUCACUUUCUCAAGGUCACCAGCACUGCAUCCAAGAAAGGGAAGCAGCUGGUCUUAGACCCACUCGCGGUGGAGAAAAUGCAGUCAUUGUCGGAAGCCCCCAACAGCGACCCCCUCACUCCCAAGCCAUCCAGUAACUCAGCGUCCGACUGCUCGGCCUCCUCAACCGAGCUGAAGAAAGAGAGCAAAAAGGAAAAAGCCGAGGACAGUUGCAAGGAUAAGAAAGCAGUGAAAAACGAGGAAUACGAAGAUCCUCUGCAAAAACCACUGGACCCGACCAUCAAAUACCAGUACCUAACGGAAGAGGACUUGGAAGAUGGUUCCAAGGGUGGAGGGGACAUUCUGAAGUCAUUGGAAAAUACCGUAACCACAGCCAUCAACAAGGCUCAGAACGGGGCUCCCAGCUGGAGUGCGUACCCCAGCAUCCACGCAGCCUACCAGCUAUCAGAGGGCAGCAAGCCGCCCCUGCCGCUGGGGUCCCAGGUCCUGCAGAUCCGGCCUAAUCUCGCCAACAAGUUACGACCAAUUGCCCCAAAGUGGAAAGUCAUGCCACUCGUGUCCGUGCCGGCCAACUUGGCCCCAUACACACAUGUGAAGAAGGAGCCGGAAGACAAAGAGGAAAUGACGAAGGAGUGUGGGAAAGAAAGCCCCCACCAUGAGGCCUCGUCCUUCAGCCAGAGCGAGGGGGAGUCUUUCCCCAGAAGCGAAGCAGCUCCAGAACCCAAGAAGGUGGAGUUGUGUGCCCUGAAGGAGGAAGACAAAGUGGCCAUGGAGGGCAGCGAGAAGGAGAAGCCUCAGGCCUUGGAGCCGGCAUCUUCGCUCAGCAACGGAUGUGCCCUUGCCAACCACAGUCCGGCCCUGCCCUGCAUCAACCCGCUCAGUGCCCUGCAGUCCGUCCUGAACAAUCACCUGGGCAAAGCCACGGAACCCCUACGCUCUCCUGCCUGUGCCAGCCCGAGCUCAAGCACAAUGCCCUUGUUCCACAAGUCGAGUCUCAGUGUCGUGGACAAGCCCGUGUUGAGCCCUGCCUCUGCGAGGCCAGCCAGUGUGUCCAGGCGCUACCUGUUCGAGAACGAUCAGCCCAUCGACCUGACCAAGUCCAAAAGCAAGAAAGCCGAGUCCUCGCAAGCACAGUCCUGCACGUCCCCCCCUCAGAAGCACGCUCUGUCCGACAUCGCCGACAUGGUCAAAGUCCUCCCCAAAGCGACCACGCCCAAGCCGGCCGCCUCCUCCAGGGUCCCUCCCGUGAAGCUGGAGAUGGACGUCCGGCGCUUUGAGGACGUCUCCAGCGAAGUCUCGACUUUGCACAAGAGGAAAGGCCGGCAGUCCAACUGGAACCCCCAGCACCUGCUGAUUCUGCAAGCUCAGUUUGCCUCUAGCCUCUUCCAGACAUCGGAAGGCAAAUACCUGCUGUCCGAUCUGGGGCCUCAAGAGCGGAUGCAAAUCUCCAAGUUCACAGGACUCUCCAUGACCACCAUCAGCCACUGGCUGGCCAACGUCAAGUACCAGCUUCGGAAAACAGGCGGGACAAAGUUUCUGAAAAACAUGGACAAAGGCCACCCCAUCUUUUAUUGCAGUGACUGUGCCUCCCAGUUUAGAACCCCUUCUACCUACAUCAGCCACUUGGAAUCUCAUCUGGGUUUCCAAAUGAAGGACAUGACCCGCAUGGCCGUGGACCAGCAAAGCAAGGUGGAGCAAGAGAUCUCCCGGGUAUCAUCGGCUCAGAGGUCUCCGGAAACAAUAGCUGGCGAAGAGGACACGGACUCUAAAUUCAAGUGUAAGUUGUGCUGUCGGACAUUUGUGAGCAAACAUGCAGUAAAACUCCACCUAAGCAAAACGCACAGCAAGUCACCCGAACACCACUCACAGUUUGUAGCAGACCUGGAUGAAGAAUAGCCCUUCAGGACAAAUGCCUUAGUCUCCACCUCCCAGCCUGGACCCACCUCGUGCGAAGGCCUUCUUCGUUGCACCACACACCACCCGCUCCUGACACUGAACUCGCUGAAUGCCUCUUGACACCCCGCUCUGAGAAGGCUGCCAAAAAAAAAAAAAUUCACCCCAGCCAUUUCUCUUCAUCCUCACUAACAAUUUGGUAAUGAAUUAUUGAUUUCCACUUCUCUGCUUAUGGGCGAUAUUAGAUUUUCAUUGAUAAACUGCAAUGGGCCUGUCUCGUCUCCACGGUCCUCUUCUCGCUGUCCCAAGAAAACAAAGUGCCACUGAAGAAAGAGUGAUUGAGGACGCUGAUGGACUUCCUCCGUCAGUCUGUAGCAGGCCAGGCAGUGGAGACUCCGCUCGCAGAGUAAUCUCCAAGUAGGCUGCCCUCCGUGUAGACAUUUGGAAGCUUACUUUUCAUGGUAAUGUCCAUUUCCUAUUUAUAACUCCCCUGGGAACGUUUGUCUAAAGGAAAUGUUUCUGUUCAGUGUAACAAUUACGGUUGCACCUGGAUUGCCCCGUCCUGCCCCUGCUCUGGGGACAGAUUCAUCACUGCAAAGAAGAAUUAUUCAGUUAAACCAGAGUUUGAGCCAAGAAACACUCUGAACCGUGUUCAUCUCCUGUGACAGUUGUUCAGACAGUUAGGCUUAACCAUGUUGCUGCCAAAGACUUUUUCUAUGCAGGGGGAAGGCUUCUACGGUUUCAUCAUUAAGUUUUGGAUGAGUUUGGCUUUUUUCUUUAAUCAUUGUAAGCAUGC